AUGUCUGUCGCCAGUACCUCAACAGCAGAUGACUUGAUCACUCUUCUGGGUGACCCGAAACCAGACGAUGAUGACAUCAUGCUCAUCAAAAAGAACCUCGACGGGGUGACUCUGCUUCCUUUGUCAGACACCAAACCAUUGACUGAUGUUGGCAUUAGUCUCAAAGUCGCCACAAGAUUGAUUGCUCUCCGCCCUCAACAAACGAACCCUGCUGCCAAUAUAGGAUCACAAGGUGGCCAAGCUCGUGUGAUCUCCCCUAUCAAGUUCAGGUCUGAUGAUUCUCCAUUUGUGGAUCGAGAUGAUUUCUUCUCGAAGAUCGUCCCCGAUAUAUUUUCGAACUACUCCAACCGGGCAAAGUCGGUGCAGGCGCAAGAUCAGAGCUUCUUUUUGAUUGCUGGUGGAUCAGGUAUUGGCAAGACACGAGCAGGAAGGGAGUUUGCCUCGAUACCAGAGGACUAUUUUGUCCAUCAUAAUCAAGCCAUCGCUGAUCAAGACUUCAUCUCGGCAAUGAAGAACCCAAUCUAUUGCUUUAUCAAUCUUGCCAAUGGACAUGCAUUCUGCGAGAUAGACCAGCACCCAAGAGAGAUACGAAUUGGCGCUCGUGUAGCCCUCUCACAAAGUACUACGAGCAAGACACUCCUGGGCAUCACAAUGGAGCACAAUAUUCAAGCACUGGCUUUUGAUGGAGUCAUCCAACAGUUGCUGGCUGCCUCAUGUAACCCCGUCACAGCAAUCAUCAUCCACAUCGAUGAGUACCAAAUCUACAUCGACAACGUCACCAACAACCUUGUUCGAGACAUUCCAGGUGACAGCUCCUUUGAGAAGCGAAGAACAUUCUUCAAAGAGAUGCUUCGGGUCAUUGGAGCUCAUAUGGUCAGCAACACUAAUCCAAACCAUUUCAUUGUACCUAUUUGCACUGGAACCUCUGCUCGCGACAUUCACUAUCUUCCAACGGAGAACAACUUGGUCUCUAUCAGUCUCAAACCUCUUGACAGUAGUGCUUGCCAGCCGGUGAUCAACAGAUAUCUGAGACAGAACCAAGACAUGCAGUCAUGUCAAUACUUUAAAGUUGGACUCGGAGACACCGGCUAUAUCCCACGCAUAUUGAUCAAGUUCCUCCAGUGCGCUUCCAUCUCAAGAGAAGGGUUCACAGAUCAAUGUUAUCAAGAAUGCCUCAACUGGUGGAAAGAAACAGGCCUCGACGACAAGAGCACGUUACAACUGCUUGCACUUGCACUUUCCUACACCCCAGUCAAGCUCGAGACAACCCUCUCAUCUGGCCGAAGCAUUGAAGAUGUCCGACGAAAUGGACUAUUGUACAUCGUCCCCUCCUCCUCGAUAUCAGGCAGCUACAGCAUCUACAUCCCAUUUCUCAUGCUCAAGUGGUAUCAUUCUUCAAUGUCCAAGAAGCUGUUCCCACCUCAUCUUCUCUUUUUCCCCUCUGAAAGUGGACCUUGGGAAUGGCAACACUUUGAACUCCUGUUCCCAUACUACUUGGUGUGCUUGAUCACAGCAAUCAUUCUGGCAUCUACGUUUGAUGAACGUCCGUUGACAUUGCGAUCAGCCUUCAGAGGAGGAUAUGGCGCGAUAGAGCUCCCUGAUUCGGUCAUCAAGUUAUUUCCCUCCACUGUCCUUCGUGAGGUCAACACAGAUCUGACCACGACCAAAGUUCAGUACGUCAUUGAGGGUUCUGACCAGGUCUACAGUGGAGACUACACACAACUUGGCUCUGUAUUGGUCUGUCAGAAGAAUACCUACUGCAUUGAUCAUCGCACAUACUUCCAAGACAAAGAUGGCAAUGGCAUCCACACCUUCAUCCAAUGCAAACACAUGUCGAUCGAUACCAAAUCAGACCUCUUGGGACCAAAGGUGGUCAGGACUUGGUAUCAGAAUGCUUUAGAUUUUUCAGCCCCAAUCAAGGACACUGUUAUUUUGGUCAUGGUUACCAACAAAAGAAUACACAACCCAACCAAGUUGCACACAUCCUUCAAGAGUCACUGUGCGUCGUUGGGUCUCAACAAUCGCUACCUCGUCCUUCUCUAUCAAGACAAUCUUUCGACGUUCCUCUCACCUACAUUUGCUCAUCGUGGUUUGAUUUCUUGUGGCGUUGAACAGCCAGACUUUGUUGACACACAAGAUAUUUCAAUGGACGAGGAGUAG